AGCGGCAGUAAUGCGCUUUGUUAGAUAGUUUUCAACCUCUUCAGAGCCUAUGAAGAAGAAAACCGGAAGUGUAACUUUUCCUGCUUUCGGUGAUAGCUAAAGCUACGGCGGUGUCCUAAUCGGAUUGGGGGUUGAUACAAGAAACAAGAGCCUUAUUUCGUGUCCAGCCACGAAUACCUUUUUUCACUGGGGUCUCUGGAGAGAUGAACAACAACGGGAAUAAGAGAGCUCCAACCACAGCCACUCAGCGACUUAAGCAGGAUUAUCUCAGGAUAAAGAAAGACCCCGUGCCUUACAUCUGCGCAGAACCCCUCCCCUCCAACAUCCUAGAAUGGCACUAUGUAGUCAGAGGUCCUGAGAAAACUCCAUAUGAAGGAGGAUAUUAUCACGGAAAACUUAUAUUUCCCCGGGAGUUUCCUUUUAAACCACCAAGUAUCUAUAUGAUAACUCCAAAUGGGAGGUUUAAGUGUAAUACAAGGUUAUGUUUGUCCAUCACAGACUUCCAUCCAGACACAUGGAACCCUGCGUGGUCCGUCUCCACAAUCCUCACAGGUCUACUCAGCUUCAUGGUAGAGAAGGGGCCCACUCUCGGGAGCAUCGAGACCUCUGACUACACAAAAAGACAGCUGUCAGCCCAAAGCUUGGCCUUCAACCUCAAGGAUAAAGUGUUCUGCGAGCUGUUUCCUGAUGUAGUCGAUGAAAUGAAGCAGAAACAGAAGGCACAGGAAGAGUUAACCGCUCGCACUCAGCCCCUCCCCCUACCUGAUGUGGUGCCCGACGGUGACCCACAGCAUGCCCACUACGGCCUCCCCGUCCUCAACAGAGGUCCCAUUCCACUUGGGGGUGCCAACCCCGCCCCUGGCCUGCAGCAGGCCAAUCGUAACCAUGGACUUCUAGGUGGGGCUCUAGCCAACCUGUUUGUGAUUGUAGGCUUUGCAGCGUUUGCCUACACAGUCAAAUAUGUGCUGAGGAGCAUAGCCCAGGAGUGAGAGGAGCUGGUGUUGAAGGGCGAUGUUUCCCUCCCCCCACCCACAGGUGAGCCAGCUAGUGGACUCCACAUUCUACAAACACACUAUGUGGAGGAGGGAUGUUCACACCAGGGUUAGACCCCUUCACAACCACCACACCCACUACCACGGACUUUGGAAUACUGAAACGCAAAGCCAACCCACCCAGGAAGGAUUGCGAGGAGUAGGUGGUGUGGGAGUGGAUGGGAGUGGCACUAGGGGCUUAUUAAAAUGGUUGUGAUCCACUCUGUGCUUCAGUGGUUUAUGUCGGGUGUAGGAACCAACUUGGCUCAUGGGUUGUGAAGAGUGUAGAACUGAGGACCUGUAUGCAGGUCGUAGCUCUUUGCACCGUGCUGCAGAGCUAGUCACAACAACAGAAAUAUGCUUUACUCAGCUGAAAUAAAGGGCACAAUUGUUCUACUACACUGUCAUCAACAUUAGUGAUAAAAGCUGGUUUCUUAAGCAGUUAAGAAAAGGAAAAAUAGACCCAUCCUCAAAGCAAGGUCCCCCUGGUCAUUCAUCACAUCAUAGAGACUCCUCAGGGUGUGACUCGUUCGUUGCUGAUGUUGUGUUGAUCAAGUGGAUUCACAUUCAAGAGAAAUGUGUUUCCACAAUGACCAGUGUGGUCCCUUUUAAUCACUGAAUUCAUUUGAAGCCUAAACUGAAUACCAGAGUCUGUCUUCCCCUUUUGUGCACUUCCAUGUAAUUGGAAACACUUCAGGGCAUCAGGUUUUAACAAGCUGCAUUUGCAGUUCAGAAACUGGUUCCUCAUUCCUUUCAUGUUAAUCCUAUCUCAGAUAUGUUGUUCAGCAGUGUGUGUGCAUACGUGUCUGGGUUUGGAAGAAAUGUACUGUUGUCUUUUGCCUUAGAAUGUGUUGAUCUUUAGAUAGCAAUUAGUUUGAGGUCUGUGUAUUUUUAGCACAAACUGAACCUCGUAGCUGAGACUCUUCAGUGCGUUGACCAGCAACCAAACGUCAUUGUUGUGUACAUUUCUCAGUACUUCCGUAUUUCACUGUUAGGGCCUAUCAAAGCUUAGAUCUGAUGAUUUGGUCAUAUAAGUGAAGAAUGUCGUCUUCAUACAACAGAGUGUCGACAAAAUGUGAGUCCAGAUGUUCUCUCCAGUCAACCCAUGAGCCAAGCAAUGAACCCAGUGUUGCACACCGGAGUAACCAGAGACCAGUACCUUUUUAAAUUGGCUUAGCUGACCAGUAUAGCUCCACUCUAGGUCCAAAUAAGGAGACACAUGAAGAGAACCAACUUUUUUUGUUUGGGUAUUAUUUUCAGUUUGAUUUUUUUUUUCUUUUUUAAAAGUUCUCUUUAUUUAUGGAAACAGCCUUGGCUUGUCUGUUGUGGUUUGAGUGUUUGCUAAGCAGUGCAUUGCAGACAAACACAGACAGGCCACGGCACAGACUCGCAUAAUUGCUGAUAAUUUACUGUUGUGCAUUGCAUUUAGUAAAGAUGGUUCUACUGUGUAUCUAAUGUUAACAGAAAAACAAGAUUGACAUUUCUAUUGCUCUUCUUUUCUUGGCUUUAUCUUCAAAAGAACAACAACAAAAAAACAACUGGUGAUGAUGGGAGUCCGUUUGUGUGAUUAUAAAGCAAAUGCUCAAAUUUCCAUGCUUCAGUUAAUCUUGUGUGACCUUGUAUGUUUUCAUAGUAAAUGCAAAUAAAUGGCCCUGCCUGGCAGGGUGUUUUAGAAAGCC